CUCAACACUGUUAGAAAUUUGUAAUUUUAAUUGUUAGGAUUUGUUUGCUUUCGCAGUUAGGACUUAUCAUUCGUAGGGAUUUAAACCUACUUGUCAAAAAAGGGGAAAAAAUAAUUCAAUAUUUCAUAUCAUACUGUCAAGUUUUAGGCAACUAUCUCCAAAUUAUUAUAUUGUUCACUGCCAACUCUUGUAAUAUUUUGAGCCUAUAACCAAUUUAUUGCAACGACCUGUUCAAGAUAAACAAACACCUGCGAAGGGCAAAGAAAAUUCCGAACGACGACGACGACGACGACGAAAACUUUCACUGCCGAUUUUCCAGCUUCCCGCGCGCAAAACGCUAAAUCAACUCUGCGCGCAUUUCGACGCUUGUUCUAGAAAACAAAGCAAAAACAAACUAUCACUUUCGCCCUACCCGAACUAAUGAUCGACCGAAUCCGUCGCACCCUUAUUACCGGUUCCCCUUAUCGUGAAAACAAAAUCGAAUUUGCUUAACUGAGUGCAGUGCACUCUCGAGUUGGGGGGGCAAAACGAUCCUCAAGCAGAUUAACCCCAUGUGACUGAUGUGUAAAGAACUGGAGCGCAUCCGCAAGUUCACAUAUCGCGAUCGGUUCCCACUGGCGACAGCUGUCUCAAAGCUCCAGAAAGCCUGUCAACCGAUUCGGGCUCAACCGUGGCGCGCGCGCUCGCGCGACGUUACGGUUCAUUGCGUUCUGGUUAGCGUUUUGAAUAUCCCAAAGCAAAAGCUCCCCAAGAAAAAUCAAGGUUAGUUUAUGCGUGGCUUUGGUUGUGAUCGGAACGGAAAAUGUGCUUUCCGUGCUGCGUGCAGCUGGUGUUUUUUUGGACGCUUUUGGGUCCAGUGGCGGCGCUUAACGGGGUUUACGUGAACAAUCAUAAGAUCGAUAAAAUCGAUCUGGAUAGGAUACAGCUGCUGAAUCCAACGGAGGGGAUUAAGACGGUGGUGACGAAGACGGAUCUACUUACCAGGGAGAAUUUCACCAAUCCAGUGCAGUACUAUCAAUACUUGGUGGGUAGUGACCCCGCUGGGUAUAUAGAUUUGUUGUGGGGUAAAAAUAAAACCUAUCUACCAUCGAUUUUUCGGAGUAGUACAACUACGGAAGAGCCUACGGCAACAACUUGGCGUUAUGCCGAUGAUCUGUCAUCAGUGGAGAACACCUUGAAUAACACCACUCCGUUCUAUAAGGGGGAUUACUAUGUGGAACAAACCACGAAAGCUACGACGACGACCACCGUUCGACCGGUUAGGAGGUUGAAGAAGCCCAAAACCAAGGUGGAACCUGUGAAGAAUCGAACCAAGCUCACCAAGAAAACGAUAGAAUUGCUGCGCAAGUACUUCACCAUCAACUGCACGCUGACUCCGAUCCACACGUCGACAACUCCGCUGCCGAGGACAACUACCACGACUCGAAGCGCUCGAACCAGCGCCAAACAGGGUCGCAAGCAGUUAAAAACGGUCAGGAAAACAUCCCGUCCGGUUGUGUACGUCUAUCCACCGGUCGUCAGCUCGCUCGGGGGUGUGUUGGAAAGUUUCUACAACUACAUGCACGAUGCCUUUAUCUCGAGUGAGUACAUUUCGAUGGAGGAAGUUGAGGAAGACGAGUCCAAGAAGGUGGGCAGUAAGAAGACGAAGCGAGAUUCGAGACAUUCGGAUGCUGUGGUGGUGACCAUGCCCAGUCCUGUACCGGUAGCUCUGACGUCGUCUAAGCUGUACGAACAGGGGACCUCGAAGCGAGUUACGUUGGGGGACGAAACGACGACUAAGAAUAAGCUGACGACUAAUAUUCAUGUGACUAGUGAGUAUUCGCCGGCUACGCCAGCAACGCUGCCGUUUUCACCGCCUGCGGCGGCUGCCGCGUUGUCCGGUGAUAAGGACAAAAGUAGUGAGGAAAGUGAAUCGGAUGAAGCAGAGGAUGGUGAUUACUAUGGAGGGUUCGCGAAUACCAGUUACGAAGAUGACGAUGAAGAUGAUGACGAAGAUGACGGUAGUCAGGAAGAGGAAGGUAGUGAAGAGGACAGUGCAAGUGAUGAAGCCGUGGGUAAUCAGGUGGGACUGGAAAAAGAAUACGAUUACGGUGACGCAAGUGAUAAGGUUAUGGAUUCGGUGAAAUUGAAGCACCGCAAGAAGCCCUCUAGUGUGGAAGAUUAUAGUGAGGAGGACGAUUAUGAUGAAGGGGACAGCGAGGAAGAAUCGGACGGUGGUGGUAGUUUUUUCACAAGGAUGUUUUCAUCCUUAGGACGAUUUGUGAGAUCGUUGGGGUUUAGACCGCGUACCGCGGUGGAAUAUGAUGAUUAUGAGGAAACACGUAGUACGACCCCGAGAAUGUUAGAUCUUCGAAAGCGACCAACUCGUAGCACCGAUCAACAGACUCAGAUCGAACGAAUAGCAGACUCUACAGAGAAGCAACAACCGUGGUAUCACUAUCCCUCCUACAUGUUUAAUGAAAUACAGGACCCAGCUCCGGAGAAUCAAAUUCCAACUGCGGAUCCGAGUCUCGUCACCGAAGAAAACUCCAACGGCGACUGGUUUCAAUUCCUGAUGCCUUGGGACUUUUUCAACCCGUGGUCAUGGGAUUCAAUUGACGAUACGACUCAAUCCACCCAAACGACUACGACUGCCCCGGCUCCUACCGAAUCAGCAUGGUUUCCGAACUUGUUUGGAGGACCUGCCACAUCACCACCAUCACCAUCAACCCAAAAACCCUUGAUCCCCUUCCUGCCGUCCACGGAUCCCCUUCAGAAGCCGGAAAAUUGGUUCAGCGUAAUCGCGCAGCACGUCUUCACCACCACUCGAGCACCGAGAACGACAAAAGCGGCUUCGACAACGCAUCUCGGGAAACCGACCAAAGUUUACUACAGCGGCUACCAGCUGUGGCGUGUUUUCCCGCGAUCCGCGGAGAACGUUCGCUUUCUAGAGGAAUACCGCGUAUCACCGGAAGGCGUUAAACUGCAGUGGUGGAAAGGUCCGAGCCUGCGGGGUGCAAACGACAUUCUGGUUCCCCCUCAUAUGCUCGAAACGAUGGCCACUUAUUUACAAGACGAAGAAAUCGCACGGGAAGUUGCGAUUAGGGAUCUGGGACAGGCGAUUCUGUACGAAAAUCCUAAGAUGACUCGGAGGGAGCAGAUUGAGAAUGAAGUUUUGCACGGUCAUCCGUUGACUUGGUACCGAUAUCAUCGGUAUGGGGAUAUUGUGAAGUUUCUGAACUAUUUGGGACGAAGGUUCCCCCGAAAUGUGGAGCUGAUUCAUAUCGGAAGGAGCUACGAGGCACGUCCACUGACGGUGGUGCGGGUUCGGUUCGAUGAGAAGCGCCGAUCGAGUGAAGGGAAGCUGAGCAAUUCGAAGUACAUGAAGGGUUCUAAGCUUAAAAAAGGUAAAAAGAGAAAAGGUUCACGUGGAGCGCUGUUUAUCGAGGCGGGAGCUCACGGGCAGCAGUGGAUCGGUCCGAGUGUUGCCACCUGGAUACUGGAUGCACUGACGAAGGCGAUUGCUAGUAAUGAUACCGAACUGGAAAAUGUGAAAUCACUGGAUUGGUAUAUUCUACCGGUUUUGAACCCGGAUGGAUACGAAUACAGCCACGAGUUCGAUCGAAUGUGGCGGAAAACUCGAUCCAAACAUAAGGAAGCUCAAAGUUCGGGAAUUUUGUCGUCGGCGUUAAACUGGCUGCAAGCGCAGAGUUCGCUGGUCGUCGACUCGAGCGAGUCCUGUUACGGAGUGGAUCUGGAUCGCAACUGGGAUCACCGUUGGAACCAGGAGGGUGCCUCGCGGGCUGUCUGCAGUGAGUACUACUCCGGCCACAAGGCCUUCUCCGAGCCGGAAGCGCGAGCGCUGAGCAAAUUUUUGCUAAACGGCCGACGAAACAUUCAGAUUUACGUUUCCCUGCAAUCGUACGGUCAGACGAUCAGCUUUCCGGACGAGAAACGGCCGCUGGUUGAGGGUGAGCGAUUCAGCGACGUUCACGAGAUGGCCGCCGUUGGGGUGGAAGCGUUGCGUGGUUCCGGAAGUGACAGUUCCUACCGAGUGACGCCCGAAAGUGAAAUGUUCCAUCCGAGAUCGGGCACUUCAGCACAGUUUGCUAGAUAUGAAGCUGGGAUUAAGUACAGCUAUACCCUUGAACUGCCAGAUACGGGAACGCACGGCUUCCUGUUGCCUCCUUCCAACAUUGAGGGCACGGCCAAGGAUACGAUCGAGAUACUCAAGGGAAUGGUGGAUUAUAUUUAGAUUAAGUAUUGGAGAAAUGUACAAUUAGAGUAGUU